AUGUUCAAAGAUCAAUCGGUUUACGUUGUGUCCUACGUGAGAACUCCACUCGGAAGCAGUGGUGGAUGUCUUUCCUCGCAAUCUGCUGUUCAGAUUGGCUCUAUUGCACUCCGAGAGGCCAUUCAAAGAGCUCAUCUCAAACCAGAACAAGUUGAAGAAGUCAUCAUGGGACAAGUAUUGCAGGGAGGAGUUGGUCAAAAUCCAGCUCGUCAAGUAGCUCUUGGAUCGGGAUUGCCAAAAGAUGUCAUUUGUACAACAGUGAAUAAGGUUUGCUCUUCCGGAAUGAAAGCAAUUCAUUAUGGAGCUUUGCAAAUUAUGACUGGGAUGAGAGAAGUGAUUGCUUGUGGUGGAGUUGAGUCCAUGUCCAAUGUUCCUUAUUAUUUGUCAGACUAUAGAAGUGGAAAAAGAAUGGGUGAUGGUAAAGUGAUUGACGGUAUGAUGUACGAUGGUUUGUUUGAUCCAUACAAUAAGAGUUUGAUGGGUCAAUUUGCUGAUGUCACUGCAUCAACUCACAACAUUUCAAAGCAAGAUCAAGAUGACUAUGCUAUCAAGAGUUAUGAAAAAGCUGCGAAGAAUGUUGAAAAUUUCAAGAAGGAAAUUGUUCCAAUGAAGAUCAACGGAGUGACAUAUGACAGAGAUGAAGAAGUUACGAAAUUUAAAGGAGCAGAUAAACUAAGAUCACUUAAACCUGCAUUCAGUAAGGAGGGAGGAACUGUGACUGCUGGAAACGCAUCGAAGAUUUCAGAUGGAGCUGCAUUUGUUCUUCUCGUAAGCGGAAAGUUUUUGAAAUCAAACCCAACCUAUCUUUCAAGUUUGAGAAAUGAGAAUGUUUUUGAGAUUUUGUCAUUCGAGGACGCAGAAAAAGAGCCUCAAUGGUUUACCAUUGCUCCAAGUCUAGCCAUUCCAAAAGCUUUGAAGAGGGCUGGACUAACUGCCAAGGAUGUUGAUUAUUUUGAAAUUAAUGAAGCAUUCUCCGCUGUAGCUUUGGCAAAUUUGAAGCUCUUAAAUCUUCCAGAAGAGAAGGUAAACAUAUGGGGUGGAGCUGUUGCUCUUGGCCAUCCUCUGGGUUGCUCUGGAUCACGAAUUAUUGUUACACUUUGCAACAUCUUGGCAACAAAUAAGAAAACAAUCGGAUGUGGAGGUAUUUGUAACGGAGGAGGUGGAGCUAGUGCUUUAGUAAUUAAGAGAGUGGAUCCUUCUCAAUUUAAAUCCUCUCUCUAA